CAGGUGGAGUGCACAAACUUGAAGAGAAAGGAGGAGUCUGGUCUGAGAGGAAGCUAAAAAGAGUGGAGCGCGGAACGGAGCCCUUCAAAACAGAGUGAUCCUUUCUGAGUGGCCACUGACAUAGAUGUGGAAUAAACUGGAGUCUGGCAAAGAGGACCUCAACUGGCAAAAACAAAAUUCAUCAUUGACGGAAUUACCGAAAAUAUACUGUGCAAAGGCACCAAGGAGACCAGAAGACAAUCUAACAUUAUUAAAAACAGAAAGAAGACGUGGAGAUACCACCCACAGAGAGAGACUGAGUAUACCACACACAAAGUUUAUCACAGGUAAUCACACCUCAACUGAGCAACAGACACUAACCAUCAACAAAUACACUCACAAACACGUGCACACACACACAUACACAUUCAUUUAUGGAAUACACACCUACAUUGUGAUUGUAACACAGGCUGAACAACUCAAGCUUAGAGAGUUUAGACUGUAGUCAGGAGGCAUAGGGAAUCUUGGCUGUCACAGGGGACGGAUUGACUGUGAAUGGGUAGAAGCAUGGUGAGGCCCUGCGCACAACUCUCAUGGCACUCUGAACACUCUGUCCACAAAAAUAUGAACUGAUCUAAGAACAGAUUUCUUCUCCAUGUCAGAAAUCACACCGGGAAUUAAAGUAGAACAUUAAUAGAUCACAGACCAAAUCAUCUUUUCCAAAUCAAGAGCCACCAUUACUUAGAGAACUCUUCCCAAAGAGUAUUUAUGCUUUGAAGAAGCAGCACUCUGAUUUCUCACCUCCACUCUUGGAUAUCCUUCUGAACUAAGGAACGAUUCCAUCGUGUUACCCACAGGACUUCUGGUCACCUCUCUGUGUUGGAAUGGAAAUUGUGCACUGAGCUGCUAAGAAGGAGUUGAGUGAGUUAGAAGUUCACCUACACUGCACCGACACUGCAGCAUGAAGCUCAGGCAUGGGGCAAGAGGGGCACUACUGGCCUUGCUGCUGAGUUUACUGCUGUCUACCUGCACUACACAAGAGAGUGAGGAGAGUCUGGAGCUCCAAGAGGAAAACAAUACAGUCAGCACUGAGAGCCCUGAUACUGUAUCUUCUGACAUAACCAACGUGAGCCCCCACAGGACAUGGAUAGUCUUUAGGGACAACUCCAACAAGGGUGGAAAUAAGAAACCAAAAGGAAAUAAAAGACCCUCCAAGCAUGGCCUUCCAGGUCCACCGGGCCCUCCCGGUCCCCAGGGGCCUCCUGGUCCUCUGGGCCCCCUAAUGCCUCAUCAUGCAGAGUUGAUACAGGACUUCCAAGUCAAACUAAAAGAGAUGGUAGGAACUCACUGCCUGCUCUGCGAUCAAACCCCUCGUGUGGCCACAGCUUUCCAUUGCCGACUGCACCACAACCUGUUGGUCCAACGUCGCAGUCUGCAGGAGCUCCAGCCCUUUAACACUCCCUCAAACACAGAGCAGUUCCAUCAGAGGGGACAGGGCUUUAACGCCAGCAGUGGCCGGUACACAGCUCCAGUGUCUGGGUUCUACCAGCUCACAGCUAGUCUGCUACUGGAAUCCAAUGAGUCUCAGAAAAAGCCUCAUGCCAGGCAGAGGGAAAGUGUUAAGGCCUCUAUAUGCAUAGAGUCUCUUUGUCAGAGUAAUGUGUCUUUGGAGACAGUGACUGGAGUGAGCACUACAGGGGGAGAAUUCAGUAUUCUCCUGACCGGGACUCUUUACCUACAGGCUGGAGAGUAUGUAUCUAUUCUUAUUGACAAUGGGACAGGCUCAGCCCUCACAAUUCUCCAAGACAGUCUGUUUUCUGGCAUUCUUAUUGGAGUAUGAGGACACAAACAAAACACAAGCAAUGACUACAAAGAAGCCCAUUUUUACAGUGUUGACAAAAUACAUAUCUUUAUUAGGUAAGGUAUUCAGGACAUAUUAGAAUACUAAUUUCAUAAAAGGGAGGACUCUUUUCAAGCAUCUAAAAGAGACUCUACGUAUUACCACUGUUGCAAAGGGCAGCAGGAUUGCACUGCUAUUUCUUUCCAAAAUAAUGGUAACAUUUAAACUCUGUUCAUAGAGGUGUACGUAUUUUUUCAUGUGGUAUGUGUACGCAUUCCAUUCUAACAGGGCUGAAGUUUUAUUUAUUUGCAUUUGCUUUUUGAAAGGAUAUUGAUAUUUGAGUAUAUUUGCAAUAAAAUGUUUCCAUAACUGCUG